AUGGUCGCCGCCUCGCCGACGACGACUUCAACCCCUGCUCGGCGCCCUCAUCACCAGCGCCCUGGAGCCGCCUCACUCUCAGCUGCGCUCCCUGCGGAGAAGCGCUGCCGCCGCGGCGCCCCGGCCGCUCCGCGACCUGUGAGGCGGCGACAGCGUCGCGACCGCUCCCGACCGUUGCGCAGGCACCGCGCGACGUUACCGCGCGCGGCUCCACCGCCCGGCCAGUGGGGAACGCCCACCGCCCCCCGCCCGGGCCUGCCCGCCCCUGCCCCGCCUCUGUCCCGCCUCUGCCCCGCCGCUGCCGGGCGGCGCCGCCAGGUGCGCUCCACCCCGAGCCGACGACCCAGGGGAAGAAGGGGGUGGGGCAGGAGCAGCGAACCCAGCGGGCCACCUCCCGGCUCUCCCACCCGUGCUCCCUGCUUCGGCCUGCGGGUGGCUCGUGGCGCAGCUAUUGUGUGCGCUGCCGCUAGCCGCCUCCGCCCGCAGCCCGCGCUUUGUCUUUCACCCCGCCCCCACCCGUCUCCCUGCCGCUCAGUGGCCUCGCCCCUGCCCCUGGCGGGGUUAAGCGGCUCGGGGCAGCCGGGGGCGUAG